AUGUAUGAAGAGAAUGACACUUAUGAAUUUGGAAUAAUUAGGUGGCUACUAGCUAGUCUUCUGGUUUUCAGCGACAAGGAGCGGAUAGUGUACAUCAACGGUCCCAUCAUUGAUGACACUACAUCCAUUGUGGUGUUGCAGCUCAUCUCUCUCGCGAAAGAUCGUCAGAGUAAACCAGUGCACCUGUUGAUCAACUCCCCUGGGGAAACUGUCUCUGCGGGGCUCGUUAUUUAUGACACGAUCAACUCCCCUGGGGAAAUUGUCUCUGCGGGGCUCGUCAUUUAUGACACGAUCCAGAGCAUCCCCAUUCCUGUGGCCACGCUAUGUCUCGGUCAGGCUGGAUCCAUGGCCUCACUCCUCACCGUGGGCACUCUCGGCCAACGCCGUGCCCUUCCUAACUCAUGUAUAAUGAUUCACCAGCCCUUCGGCGGCUUUCUAGGUCAGGCCUCUGACAUAGCCAUUCAUGCCAAAGAGAUCCUCAAAGUCCGCGACUGCCUCUAUGCCAUCCACACGAAGCACACACACCAGCCCGUCCACCGGAUUGAGCAGUUUAUGGAGCGUAAUAUAUUCAUGUCGGGUAGUGCUAAAUAA